AAAGCUUUUCCUUCACUUUGUGAUGUUUUCUCAUUUUUGAUCUUCAAGCUUACACUCCUGAGUCGGUGCAUCCAAAAUUCUUCGAGAUCAAAGACCGCCUUCGUAAGCUCAUCUUCUUUAUUUAUAUCCAUGGGGAUAUGACCUUCCUGCAACAAAGAGAACAUUUAUAAUCGAAGAUGGAUUCACUUCUUCUCGAAGAUUUUGGGCAGAAGGUGGAUUUGACCCGACGAAUUCGGGAGGUUUUGUUGAACUAUCCGGAGGGAACCACCGUGCUCAAGGAGCUCAUACAGAACGCCGAUGACGCCGGAGCUACCCGGGUACGCCUCUGCCUUGAUCGCCGGGUUCACGGGUCGGGUUCUCUGCUAUCGGACUCUUUGGCUCAGUGGCAGGGUCCUUCUCUCUUGGCCUACAAUGAUGCUGUUUUCACCGAGGAGGAUUUCGUCAGUAUCUCCAGAAUUGGUGGGAGUGGCAAGCACGGCCAGGCUUGGAAGACUGGUCGAUUUGGGGUUGGCUUCAAUUCGGUAUACCAUUUGACUGAUAUACCUUCUUUUGUGAGUGGAAAAUACGUGGUAUUGUUUGAUCCUCAGGGUGCUUAUCUUCCAAAUAUUUCUGCAGCAAAUCCAGGGAAGAGAAUUGAUUUUGUUGGUUCCUCAGCUCUCUCUCAGUAUGAGGAUCAGUUUACUCCUUACUGUACCUUUGGCUGUGACAUGAAAAAUCCUUUUCAUGGUACUUUAUUCCGUUUCCCUUUGAGGAGCCCAGAGCAGGCAGCUUCUAGUAGGCUCUCAAGGCAAGCCUACUUUGAAGAUGACAUUUCUUUGAUGUUUGAUCAACUUUUCGAGGAGGGCGUUUUCUCGUUGCUCUUUCUUAAAUGUGUAUUAUCCAUUGAGAUGUACACAUGGGAUGCUGGAGAUCCAGAGCCCAAAAAAAUUUAUUCAUGUUCGGUCAGCUCACCAAAUAAUGAUACUGUGUGGCAUCGGCAGGCAGUUCUUAGACUGUCGAAGACAUCUAUUUCUGGAGACAGGGAGAUGGAUUCAUUCACUCUGGAAUUCUUAAGCGAGUCUGUAAAUGGAAGCCAAAGUAAACGAAAAACAGACAGAUUUUACAUAGUUCAAACAAUGGCAUCAGCGUCUAGCAGAAUUGGUUCGUUUGCCGCCACUGCUUCCAUAGAAUAUGAUAUUCAUUUGCUACCAUGGGCUUCAGUUGCAGCUUGCAUAUCGGAUGAUUCAUCAGAGAAUAAUUUCCUAAAGCUUGGGCAUGCUUUCUGCUUUCUUCCAUUGCCUGUACGAACUGGAUUGACGGUACAAGUCAACGGAUACUUUGAGGUGUCAUCAAAUCGUCGCGGAAUUUGGUAUGGCGAAGAUAUGGACAGGAGUGGGAAAGUUCGUUCAGCGUGGAAUAGGCUUCUCCUGGAAGAUGUGGUAGCACCCAGUUUUGCACGAUUGCUUCUUUGUUUGAGAGAAGUGCUUGAUCCCAGGGAUUCUUACUACUCCUUAUGGCCAAGUGGAUCUUUUGAAGCACCAUGGAGCAUUUUAGUUGAGGAAAUUUACAAAAACGUCUGCAAUGCUCCUGUGCUGUUUUCGGAUCUUGAAGGGGGGAAAUGGGUAUCCCCUGCCGACGCUUACCUUCAUGAUGAAGAAUUUUCAAGGAGCAAAGAACUUGGUGAUGCCUUGCUGCAGCUUGAAAUGCCUAUCGUGUGCCUCCCAAGACCAGUUUUUGAUAUGCUUUUGAAGCAACCUUCUUUUUUUCUUCCAAAAGUGGUUACUCCGGAUAGAGUGCGCAACUUUCUCAAAGGAUGCAAAACGCUCUCCUCUUUGAAAAAAUCUUCGAAGCUAGUGUUAUUGGAGUACUGCCUGGAUGAUCUGACUGAUGAUAGUGUUUGCACUCAAGCCAGCAACCUGAAGCUACUUCCAUUAGCAAAUGAUGACUUUGGCUUCUUUUCCGAAAGUGCAGAAGGUGUCUCCUAUUUUAUUUGUGACGAAUUGGAGCAUAUGCUAUUACAGAAAGUUUAUGACAGAGUAAUUGAUAGGAACAUUCCUCCAGGUUUAUAUAGCAGACUUUUUGCCAUUGCAGAGUCACAAACAGCAAAUCUUACAAUUUUCAGUAUCCAAAGUUUGCUUCAGUUAUUUCCAAGGCUUGUACCUGCUGAAUGGAAAUACAGAACCAAGAUUUCCUGGCAUCCAGAUUCCAACCCAGACCAUCCUUCGUCAUCAUGGUUUAUUAUCUUCUGGCAAUAUCUUGAGAAACAGUGUCAGAGCCUUUCAUUAUUCUGUGAUUGGCCAAUCUUGCCAUCCACAUCUGGCUAUUUGUAUAUAGCCUCUCCGCAAUCAAAAUUGAUCAACGCGGAGAAGCUUGCCGAUGCAGUCAGAAAUGUCUUGGAGAAGAUUGGUAGCAAAAUAUUAAACAACAAUUUUAAAGUUGAACAUUCAGAUUUGUCCUCCUUUGUUUCGGAUGCUAGUUACACAGGCGUCUUAGAAUCCGUUUUUGAUGCUGCCUCUUCGGAUAUGGUUGGGGUACAAAAUUUAAUUUAUAAUUUGAAUGUUGAAGAGAAGGAUGAGCUUCGUAAUUUUCUUUUGGAUCCAAAAUGGCACAUAGGACAUCAGAUUGGCGAUCUAUACCUCAGAAUCUGCAAGAAUUUGCCCAUUUAUCGUGUGUAUGGAGAUAUAUGUGAUCAAGAAUCUGAUUAUUCUGAUCUUGUUAAUCCUCCUAAGUACUUACCUCCAUUAGAUGUGCCUGCCUGUCUUCUAGGAUGUGAGUUUAUUCUUAGCUGUCAAGGCAGCGAAGAAGAUAUUUUGCAGAGGUAUUAUGGCAUUGAGAGAAUGAGGAAAAGUCAUUUUUACAGACAAAAUGUUUUCAACAGAAUUGAAGUUUUGCAACCUGAAAUUCGUGAUCAGGUGAUGGUUUCUAUUUUACAGAAUCUUCCACAACUGUGUAUGGAAGAUAGAUUCUUAAGGGAAGAAUUGCAGAACCUAGAGUUUGUUCCAACUGUAAAUGGUCCUCUUAAACGCCCAUCUGUUUUAUACGAUCCUCGUAAUGAAGAGUUAUAUGCUUUGUUGGAAGAUUCAGAUUGUUUCCCUGGUAGUAGAUUCCAGGGAUCUGCGAUCUUGGAGAUGCUUCAAGGUUUGGGCCUCAGAACAACUGUUUCUCCUGAGACAAUUUUAGAGAGUGCACGAUUGGUGGAGCGGGUGAUGCACAUGGAUCUGGAAAAGGCUCAUACACGAGGUAAAGUGCUUUUUUCAUUUUUAGAAGUCAAUGCUGUGAAGUGGCUGCCUGAUCAGUCGAGUGAAGAUGAUGGAGCUAUAAACAGGAUUUUUUCAAGAGCUGCGACGGCUUUCAGACCAAGAAAUCUGACAUGUAACCUUGUUAAGUUCUGGAGUGAACUUAAAAUGAUUUGCUGGUGCCCCGUUUUAGUGUCUGCUCCAUUUCAAACUUUACCAUGGCCAGUUGUGACAUCUACUGUUGCUCCUCCGAAGCUUGUACGUCCGAAAACAGAUAUGUGGCUUGUGUCUGCAUCCAUGCGGAUACUUGAUGGUGAAUGUUCUUCUACAGCUCUUGCAUAUAAUUUGGGGUGGUUAUCACAUCCAGGAGGAAGUGCAAUUGCGGCUCAGUUGCUUGAACUUGGAAAGAACAAUGAAAUUCUGAUUGAUCAGGUUCUUCGGCAGGAACUAGCUUUGGCGAUGCCAAAGAUAUACUCAAUUCUUGCAAGUUUACUUGGUUCAGAUGAGAUGGACAUAGUUAAGGCUGUACUUGAAGGUAGUCGCUGGAUCUGGGUAGGGGAUGGAUUCGCAACUUUGAGUGAGGUUGUUCUUGAUGGCCCUCUUCAUCUAGUUCCCUACGUUCGUGUCAUACCUAUCGACUUAGCUGUUUUUAGGGGAUUGUUCGUUGAACUUGGUGUUCGAGAAUUUUUAACUCCAUCUGAUUAUGCUGAUGUUUUAUCUAGAAUAGCUGUAAGGAAAGGUAUUUCACCUCUGGAUCCACAAGAAACGAGGGCAGCUGUGCUAAUUGCGCAGCAGUUGGCUGAAGCGCAAUUUCUUGACAGAGUCACAAUCUAUUUACCUGAUGUUUCUGGUCGACUCUUCCCUUCAAGUGAUUUGGUCUAUAAUGACGCUCCAUGGUUGACCGCCUCAGACAAUCAUAACAGCUCAUUUAGUGCCGAGUCUACAAUGCUAUUGAAUGCAAAAAGAACAACGCAAAAAUUUGUCCACGGUAACAUAUCGAAUGAGGUAGCAGAGAAACUUGGUGUUCGCUCACUUCGUAGAGUCUUGCUGGCGGAAAGCGCUGAUUCAAUGAAUUUUAGUUUAUCUGGAGCUGCUGAGGCCUUUGGACAGCAUGAGGCAUUGACCACCAGACUUAAACACAUACUAGAGAUGUAUGCUGAUGGGCCUGGGAUUCUUUUUGAGCUGGUUCAAAACGCGGAAGAUGCAGGAGCUUCUGAGGUGACAUUCCUUUUGGAUAGGACUCAUUAUGGGACUUCUUCACUCCUCUCUCCUGAAAUGGCAGAUUGGCAAGGCCCUGCUCUGUAUUGUUUCAACGACUCGGUUUUUACACAACAAGAUAUGUAUGCAAUCUCACGCAUUGGUCAAGCAAGCAAACUUGAAAAACCUUUUGCGAUUGGAAGAUUUGGGCUGGGCUUUAACUGUGUUUAUCAUUUCACAGAUAUCCCGGCAUUUGUUUCUGGUGAAAACAUUGUUAUGUUUGAUCCUCAUGCCAAUCAUUUACCUGGUAUCUCUCCAACUCACCCAGGCUUGCGGAUUAAAUUUGCGGGAAGAAAUAUAUUGGAUCAGUUUCCUGAUCAAUUUGCACCAUUCUUGCAUCUUGGUUGUGACUUAGAGCAUACAUUUCCUGGAACACUCUUUCGGUUUCCUCUUAGAAACGCAAGUGCUGCUCCCAGAAGCCAAAUAAAGAAAGAAAUCUAUGCUCCUGAAGACGUGUUAUCCCUCUUCACUUCCUUUUCUGGUGUAGUUUCGGAGGCCUUAGUUUUCCUGCGGAAUGUAAAAUCGGUAUCCAUUUUUAUUAAGGAGGGAGCUGGUCAUGAAAUGCAGUUACUGCAUCGCGUUUGCAAAGAUGACCAUGUUGGCAAAGAUACUGAACCAAAGCCAUCUAGUCAAGUGUUUAGUCUACUUGAUGAAAAUCUUUCUGCUGGAAUGAAUAAAGAUCAGCUACUAAAAAAACUAAGCAGCACUGUGGUUAAAGAUGUUCCAUAUAAAUGCCAGAAGAUUGUGGUGACCGAGCAAGAUUCUUCGGGCUGUACUUCACAUGGAUGGAUAACAGGUGAAUGUCUGAAUGCUGGGGUAAGUAAAAAGCACUUGAACCUUCCAGAAUUGUCCCAUAAGUUGAUACCAUGGGCUAGUGUUGCCGUGCUUAUAAAUUCUGUCAAGAGUGAUAAUGUAGAGAACAUGGCUGCUAGCAAUUCUGAUAUAUUUGGACCAUCCGCAAUUUCAGUUCAGAAUAGAAGAACUUUUGGGGGGCGUGCUUUCUGCUUUCUGCCUUUACCUAUUACUACUGGCCUCCCGGCGCAUAUCAAUGCAUACUUUGAAUUGUCAUCCAACAGGAGGGAUCUUUGGUUUGGUAAUGACAUGGCAGGGGAUGGAAAAGUACGGUCGGAUUGGAAUCUUUACUUGAUCGAGGAAGUUGUUGUACCAGCUUAUGGUCAUUUGCUUGAAAAAAUUGCAUCUGAACUUGGUCCAUGUGAUUUGUUCUUCUCUGUCUGGCCAGUAACUCUAGGAGCAGAACCUUGGGCAUCCUUGGUUCGGAAGCUCUACAGUUUUGUUGCGAAUAACGGACUUCGUGUAUUAUAUACCAAAGCAAGAGGGGGCCAAUGGAUUUCAACUAAGCAAGCAAUAUACCCUGAUUUCAGCUUUCUUAAGGCAGAGGUGCUAGUUGAUGUCCUUGCAGACGCUGGCCUCCCUGUUAUUAAUAUCUCAAAGUCAGUUGCGGAAAGAUUCGGAGAGGCCUGUUCAUCUUUGCAUUUUAUGACACCCCAAUUGUUAAGGACCCUUUUGACCCGGCGAAAACGUGAGUUUAGGGAUAGGCAUGGCUUGGUAUUGGCACUAGAAUACUGUCUUCUUGAUUUAAAAGUUCCUUUCAUGGCUGAUCUUCUUUAUGGUCUACCCCUGCUACCUCUUGCUGAUGGUUCAUUUACGACUUUUAACAAGAAUGAGACUGCCGAGAGAAUUUUUUUCGCAGAAGAGAAUGGGUAUGAACUUUUGAAGGAUUCACUUCCUAACCAGCUCGUUGACCGUGAAGUGACCGAAGGAAUUUAUAGUAAGCUGUUGGCUGUAGCACAAAGCGAAGAAUCAUGCAUAUGUCUUCUCUCUUGCAGUUUGCUUGAGAAGCUCUUUUUUAAGCUACUGCCAGCAGAUUGGCAUCUCUCAGAAAAGAUACUUUGGACACCUGGCCAACAAGGACAUCCGACAGUAGAGUGGCUAAGGGUACUGUGGAGCUAUCUUAAGUUAUCUUGUGAUGACCUCUCAAUAUUUUCUAAGUGGCCCAUAUUGCCAGUUGAAGAUCAGUGUCUCAUGAAACUAACUGUAAAUUCAAACGUUAUUCGAGAUGAUGGCUGGAGCGAGAACAUGUCUUCAUUAUUGCUGAAAUGUGGAUGCCGGUUCUUAAAUCGUGAGCUUCCAAUAGAGCACCCUCACUUGGAAACAUUUGUUCAGCCACCAACAGCAGCGGGCAUUUUGAAUGCACUUCUUACGGUUUCUGGUGGGCAAGAAAACAUAAAGGGGAUUUUUCGUAAUGUUUCAGAAGGAGAAUUGCAUGAGCUACGGAAUUUUAUUCUUCAGUCAAAGUGGUUUUCUGGUGGACAAAUGAAUGAUGUCCACUUGGAGACCAUCAAACACCUCCCCAUAUUUGAGUCGUACAAAAACAGAAAACUUGUGAGUUUGAACUGCCCAGUUAAGUGGCUAAAACCUGAUGGCAUCAGAGAGGAUCUGUUGGAUGAUGAUUUUGUACGCUUAGACUCAGAGAGGGAAAGAGCCAUCUUCAAAAGAUACUUACAAAUAGAAGAGCCCUCGAGAAUGGAAUUUUACAAAGCUUGUGUACUUAAUCGUAUGUCUGAAUUCCUUUCUCAGCAAGAAGCCUUGUUGGCCAUUUUGCAUGAUCUAUAUGAGCUGGUCGCCGAUGAUGUUUCCCUUCAGUGUGCAUUAUCUACAACCCCUUUUGUUCUCGCAGCUAAUGGAUUAUGGCAACAACCUUCCAGGCUAUAUGAUCCUCGUGUUCCUGGGCUACAGGAGCUUCUUCACAAAGAAGUCUACUUUCCUUCUGAUAAAUUCUUAGAUUCUAAGAUCCUGGAUGCCUUGGUUGGUCUUGGACUUAGAACAACUCUGGAUUGCUCUGCCUAUUUGGAUGCUGCUAGAAGUGUGUCAAUUCUACACGACUCAGGAGAUCUAGAAGCAUCGAGAUAUGCAAGAAGACUAUUUUUCCAUAUCAAAACUCUAUCUGUCAAACUAUCAUCCAAGACAGGUGAAGCCAGCCAUGAUGAAUCACAAAAUCUAAUGUCCAUGACAAGUGAAGACUCGCCUGAUGGAGAAACCUAUCCUGAAUAUGAAACCGAGACUAGCUAUCUCGGGAACUUGCUCACUGAACAAUCCGAGGAUGAGUUUUGGUGUCAACUGAGGUCUAUCCCAUGGUGUCCUAUUUCUCUUGAUCCGCCAAUAGAAGGAAUUCCAUGGCUUGAAUCUAGUAACUUGGUGGCAUCUCCAGAUAGAGUAAGACCCAAGUCUCAGAUGUUUUUGGUGUCUGCCACAAUGCACUUGCUGGAUGGUGAGUGCCAUUCAUCAUAUCUACUUCAGAAAUUUGGGUGGAUGGACUGUUUAAAAAUUGAUGUCCUGUGCAGACAACUAAUUGAGAUAUCAAAGUCGUAUAAAGAACAGAAGUCUCGUUCGUCAAUAAAUCCUGAUUUUGAGAGCAUGUUACAAAGUCAAAUUCCUCUACUCUAUACGAGACUGCAAGAACAUGCUAGGGAAAAUGAUUUUCAUGCUCUUACAUCAGCACUAAAUGGUGUUCCUUGGGUGUGGCUUGGGGAUGAUUUUGUCUCUGCUGAUGUUCUUGCUUUUGAUUCUCCAGUGAAGUUUACCCCUUAUCUAUAUGUUGUCCCUUCAGAAUUAUCGGACUUUAAGGAACUGCUUCUAGAACUAGGGGUGAGGCUUAAUUUUGAUCCGGCAGAUUAUAUGAACACUCUGCAACACUUGCAGAAUGAUAUCAAAGGAUCACCGUUAACAGACGAACAGAUAUAUUUUGUCCUUUGUGUUCUUGAAGCCAUUGCAGACUGUUUCUCCGAGACAUCACAAGAUUGUGAUAAAAAUUUAUUGCUAGUUCCUGAUAUCUCUGGACUUUUGGUCCCAUUGGAGGAUCUUGUUUAUAAUGAUGCACCAUGGGUGGACAGCAGUUCUCUUUCUGGGAAAAGGUUUGUGCAUCCUAGCAUCAACAAUGACAUGGCUAAUAGAUUGGGAAUACAGUCUCUUCGUUGUAUCUCCUUGGUGGAUAAUGAUAUUACCCAAGAUCUUCCUUGUAUGGAGUUCACAAAAUUGAACGAGCUUCUAUCUUUAUAUGGCAGCAAAGAUUUCUUGUUUUUCGAUCUUCUUGAGUUAGCUGAUUGCUGCAGGGUUAAAAAGCUGCACAUAAUCUUUGACAAGAGAGAGCACUCUCGCAAGUCAUUGCUGCAGCAUAAUUUAGGUGAAUUUCAAGGCCCUGCUCUAGUUGCCAUAUUAGAAGGGGCUACAUUGACCAGAGAGGAGGUUUGUAGUCUUCAGCUUCUUUCACAGUGGAGAGUUAAGGGUGAAACUCUCAACUAUGGGUUGGGCCUUCUUAGCUGUUACUUCAUGUGUGAUCUUCUCUAUAUUGUUUCUGGUGGCUACUUUUACAUGUUUGAUCCCCGAGGAGCGACCCUUUCUGCAUCCACGACUCAGGCUCCCGCUGGAAAGAUGUUCUCCUUGAUAGGUACGAAUUUGGUCGAGCGAUUCACUGAUCAAUUUAAUCCCAUGCUAAUUGGCCAAGAUAAGGCAUGGUCAUUGACAGAUUCUACCAUUAUUCGGAUGCCUUUAUCAUCUGAAAUAUUGAAAGAUGGGAUUGAGGCGGGGUUAUAUAGAGUGAAGGAAAUCGCUGACCAGUUUUUGGAGAAUGCCUCCCGAAUCCUCAUUUUCUUGAAGUCAGUUUCGCAGGUUUCAUAUUCCACAUGGGAGCAAGGAAAUGCAGAACCACAUCAAGACUACGCGCUGCAUAUUGAUUCAGCAUCAGCUAUCAUGAGGAAUCCUUUCUCGGAGAAAAAAUGGAGAAAGUUUCAACUUUCUAGGUUGUUUAGUAGCUCAAGCUCUGCUGUUAAAUCACACAUAAUAGAGGUUAACCUUCAAAUAGGAGAAAAUAAACUUCUGGAUAGAUGGCUUGUUGUUCUUAGCAUGGGCUCUGGACAAUCACGAAACAUGGCUCUUGACAGGAGGUAUCUAGCGUACAAUUUGACACCUGUUGCUGGAGUUGCUGCACAUGUAUCUCGAAAUGGUCGUCCUGUUGAUGUUCAUCCAGCCAGCCCCAUAAUGUCUCCUUUGCCUUUGUCUGGUAGUGUGAAUCUACCUGUCACCAUCCUUGGAUGCUUCCUUAUUCGGAAUAAUUGUGGUCGUUUUCUCUUCAAAAAUCUGAAUGAGAGAGCUAUGUCAGAGCCACAGCUUGAUGCUGGAGAGAAAUUGAUUGAUGCAUGGAACAGAGAAUUAAUGUCAUGUGUUCGCGAUUCUUACAUAGAAAUAGUGGUGGAGAUGGAAAGGCUAAGGCGAGAACAUUCAAGCUCUUCAAUUGAGUCAAGUACAGCACGUCAGCUGGCCCUUUCUCUUAAAUCAUAUGGUCAUCAGUUGUAUUCCUUCUGGCCACGAUCUAAUCAACAUGCUUUGCUUACCCAACAUGACGGUGCUCUAGCAACAGAAGUGCUCCAGCCAGAGUGGGAAUGUUUGGUUGAACAAGUUAUAAGGCCGUUUUAUGCUCGGGUCGCUGAGCUUCCUCUAUGGCAGCUUUACUCAGGAAAUUUGGUCAAGGCUGAAGAGGGUAUGUUUCUAACACAACCUGGUAGUGAGGUUGCUGUUAAUUUGCUUCCUGUUACAGUUUGCAGCUUUGUGAAGGAGCAUUACCCUGUGUUUUCCGUGCCUUGGGAAUUGUUGGCUGAAGUCCAGGCAGUAGGGAUUCCGGUUCGAGAAGUUAAACCAAAGAUGGUUCGCGAUCUUCUUAGGAAGUCAUCUGCAUCUAUUGAUCUCCGAUCUGUUGAUACUUAUAUUGAUGUACUUGAAUAUUGUCUCUCAGAUAUUCAAUUCAGUGGAGCACUUAACCCGGAUAACAUAGAAGAAGGAAACAAUACUUCUGCUGCAAUGUCGAUGCCUACUCAAGCUCAGGCUGGCUCAAGUGAUGCUUUUGAAAUGAUGACAAGCCUAGGGAAGGCGUUGUUUGAUUUUGGUAGAGUUGUUGUUGAAGAUAUUGGCCGUGCUGGAAAUAGUAAUAGUAGAUAUAGUAAUGUUGACCCGAGGUUUCUAUCUGCAAUUAAUGAACUUAAAGGAUUACCAUGCCCGACUGCAACAAAUCAUUUAACACGUUUGGGUAUUUCUGAGCUAUGGUUGGGAAACAAGGAGCAGCAGGCAUUAAUGUUGCCUGUAUCUGCACAAUUUAUCCAUCCAAAAGUGUUUGACAGAUCGAGCUUGGCUGACAUAUUCUUGAAGUCUUCAGUUCAAGCAUUUUUAAAGUUAAGGAGCUGGUCUCUUCCUUUACUGGCCAGUAAUAUGAAAUAUCUUUUUCAUGACCAUUGGGUUAAUUAUAUCUCGGAAUCGAAUGUUGUACCAUGGUUUUCGUGGGAAAGUACAUCCAGUUCUAGUGAUGAUAGUGGUCCCUCGCCUGAAUGGAUAAGGCUCUUUUGGAAGAAUUUUAAUGGAUCAGCAGAUGAGCUCUCUCUCUUUUCGGACUGGCCUUUGAUUCCUGCAUUCCUUGGCAGACCUAUUUUAUGCCGUGUAAGGGAGAGACAAUUGAUCUUCUUUCCACCACCGCCUUUGCAGCCAAUCUCUAGAAGUGGUGCUGAUAUGCAUCAGAGAGAUAGUGAUAUGCCCACGACGUCAACAUCAGUAAGUGAUGGUUCUUUAUCUGAGUUAGUACAACACUAUGUUUCAGGCUUCGACCUAGCACAGAGAGAGCAUCCUUGGCUGAUUGUACUGCUUAACCAAUGCAACAUACCUGUUUUUGAUGCUGCAUAUAUUGAUUGUGCUGAGAGAAGCAAGUGUCUGCCUUCAUCAAGCGUGUCACUUGGCCAAGCGAUUGCCUCCAAGCUUGCUGAAGGAAAACGAGCUGGCUACAUUGUUGGUAUCGCUUCCUUCCCCAUGUCUGGCCGUGAUGAGCUUUUUACCCUUUUGGCUAAUGAUUUCUCUUCCAGUGGCUCAAGUUAUCAAUCAUAUGAACUUGAAGUACUAAGCUCACUUCCUAUAUUUAAGACUGUCACUGGGUCGUAUACGCAUUUGCAAAGGCAGGCUUUGUGCAUAAUCGCUGGAAAUUCCUUCCUCAAACCAUAUGAUGAAUGUUGCUUUUGCUAUUUUCCAGAUUCAGUUGAAUGUCACUUUCUCCAAGCCCUUGGGGUCGCUGUGUUGCAUAAUCAUCAGACUUUAGUAAGGUUUGGGUUAGCUGGGUUUGAAAGCAGAUCUCAAUCUGAACAAGAAGAUAUACUAAUUUAUCUAUAUGGAAAUUGGCUAGAUUUAGAAGCCGAUUCUACUGUGAUUGAAGCUAUUAGGGAGGCUAAAUUUGUUAGAAAUUCUGAUGAAUUCUCCUCUGAGCUGUCAAAACCGAAGGACCUGUUUGAUCCUUCAGAUACAUUACUAGUGUCAGUCUUUUUUGGUGAAAGAAAACGCUUUCCUGGAGAAAGAUUCUCUUCCGAAGGCUGGCUUCGCAUUCUACGAAAAGCUGGCCUUCGAACUGCAGCGGAAGCCGAUGUCAUACUUGAGUGUGCCAAGAGGGUGGAAUUUCUGGGUAUCGAGCGUAAUAGAUCCUCUGAAGAAGAUUAUUUUGAAACGGAUCUUGUGUAUUCUGAGAAGGAUAUUUCAGUUGAAUUAUCAACAUUAGCAGGAUCCGUACUUGAAGCUAUAUUUUCAAACUUUGCUGGUUUUUAUAGCACCGCAUUCUGCAACAGUCUUGGUCAGAUUGCUUGCGUACCUGCUGAAUCAGGGUUCCCAAGUAUUGGUGGCAGAAAAGGUGGCAAAAGAGUCCUUACAAGUUACAGCGAAGCUGUUCUUUUACGGGACUGGCCCCUAGCCUGGAGCUCUGUUCCUAUUCUUUCAAGUCAACGAUUCAUUCCACCUGACUAUUCAUGGACAGCAUUUCGCCUAAGAAGUCCUCCGAUUUUCUCGACUGUUCUUAAACACUUACAGGUAAUCGGACGGAAUGGUGGUGAAGACACUCUUGCUCACUGGCCCAAUGAUCCAAAUGUGAUGACCAUUGAUGAUGCUUCUUGUGAGGUUUUGAAGUACCUGGAAAAAAUUUGGGGGUCCCUAACUUCUUCAGAUAUUUUGGAGUUGCAAAAAGUGGCCUUUUUACCAGCUGCAAAUGGAACACGCUUGGUGGGCGGAAGCUCCCUUUUUGUUCGCCUACCAAUCAACCUAUCACCUUUUGCUUUUGAACUUCCUAGUCUCUAUCUACCUUUUCUGAAGAUCCUUAAAGAUUUGGGACUUAACGAUGUUCUUUCAGUUGGUGGUGCAAAGGAAAUCCUCUCCAAAUUACAAAACGUAUGUGGUUAUCGGCGUCUGAACCCGAAUGAGCUUCGAGCUGUUAUGGAAAUUCUUCAUUUUCUCUGCGAUGAAAUAAAUACGACAAAGGCACCCGAUGAUUCCACCGUUAAAUCAGAUGUGAUAGUCCCAGAUGAUGGCUGCAGGCUUGUCCAUGCACGAUCUUGUGUUUACGUCGAUUCCUUUGGGUCACGCUAUGUGAAAUACAUAGAUACCGCAAGGUUGAGACUUGUUCAUCCACGUCUUCCGGAGAGGAUCUGUCUAGAUUUGGGUGUCAGAAAGCUUUCUGAUGUGGUUAUUGAGGAACUUGAAAGUGCUGAAUAUAUUCAAACCUUAGACAACAUAGGGUCCAUAUCACUCAAGGCUAUCAGAAGGAAGUUGCAGAGCGAAUCGUUUCAAGCUGCUAUAUGGACUGUGAGCCGUCAGACCACAACCGUGGAUGACUUAUCUUUUGAAGAUGUGCAACAUUCUCUUCAAUCUGCUGCAGAGAAAAUUGAAUUCGUCAGAAACAUAUACACUCGAUUUCUUCUCCUGCCAAAUUCUGUAGACGUUACCCUCGUGUCGAAGGAGUCCAUGAUUCCUGAAUGGGAGAAUGAAUCGCAUCAUCGAACAAUGUAUUAUAUCAACCGUCACAGAACAUCUAUCUUAGUUUCUGAACCGCCUGGAUACAUUUCUUUCCUGGAUGUCAUGGCAACAGUGGUGAGCGAGGUUUUAGGCUUUCCAACUUCCCUGCCUAUAGGAUCUUUAAUUUCAUGUCCUGAGGGAUCUGAAACUGAAAUUGCCGCUUGCCUAAGACUGUGCCCUUAUGCUCUUACAAACACCGGCGCAGCUGAUAGUUCUAUUGGCCAAGAGAUAAUGCCCCAGGAUGCUGUACAGGUACAGCUUCACCCUUUGAGGCCAUUCUACAAAGGGGAGAUUGUUGCUUGGAAAAUCCAACAAGGAGAUAAGCUGAGAUACGGUAGAGUCCCAGAGGAUGUUCGACCUUCUGCAGGCCAAGCCCUUUAUAGAUUUAAGGUUGAAAUGUCACCUGGAGAGACUGGUUUAUUACUUUCAUCUCAAGUUUUCUCCUUCCGAGGCACGUCAAUUGAAAAUGAAGGUCCCACGACUUUACCCGAGGUGAUCCCAACAGUAUCUGAUGACAGAUCUCAAGAAACUUCAGAAAGUUCCAGAACUAACAAAACAAGUUCUAGCCAGCCUAUGAAUGAAAUGCAAUAUGGUCGAGUAACAGCUAAAGAGUUAGUUGGGGCAGUCCACGAGAUGCUCUCUGCAGCUGGAAUCAAUAUGGAACUGGAGAAUCAGUCUCUACUACAAAGAACCAUAACACUUCAAGAAGAACUCAAGGACUCUCAAGCAGCAUUCAUACUUGAGCAGGAGAGAGCAGAGGCUUCCCUGAAGGAAGCAGAGACCGCGAAAUCACAAUGGGUUUGUAAGAUAUGUCUGAUCAAAGAAGUGGACAUGACCAUUGUCCCAUGCGGACACGUCUUGUGUCGCGUAUGUUCAGCUUCAGUCUCUAGAUGUCCCUUUUGUCGCCUUCAAGUCACAAGAACUAUCCGAAUCUUCCGACCGUAAUUAACACCAAAUAUCACCAUUUAUUUAUCAAAGGUUUUGUCCUCUAUACAACAUUUUCUUGUGUAUAUAAGUAUAGGGUAUGUUUUCACUUUGUAUCUUCUUCAAGUAAAGAAAACAUUAUUCCUAGC